CCGGCGCCGCCAUGGCCGCGUCCCCCGCCCAGCGGCGCCGCUGGGAGCGGGAGCAGGCCCGGCUGAGGGCCAGCGUGCUGGAGGAGGACACGGAGCCCUGGCAGAAGGAGCCGCAGUUCGCGGGGCUGCGCAGAGUGGGAGGCGUGGAUCUGUCCUACAGCAAGGGAGACGAGAGCCGUGCCUGCGCCUCCCUGGUCGUGCUCAGCUACCCGGACCUGCAGGUGCUGUACCAGGACUGCCGCAUGGUGCCCGUCACCGCCCCGUACGUGGCCGGGUUCCUCGCCUUCCGAGAGGUGCCUGUCCUGGUGGAAGCCGUGCAGAGACUUCAGCAGGAGGAGCCCCAGCUCCAGCCUCAGGUGCUUCUGGUGGAUGGGAAUGGCCUGCUCCAUCCCAGAGAGUUUGGCAUAGCCUGUCACCUCGGAGUCCUGACAGACCUGCCGUGCAUCGGCGUGGCCAAGAACCUCCUGCACGUGGAUGGCUUGGUCAGGGAUGAGCUGCACAAGGAGCAGGUUCGUUCCCUGCAGAGGUCAGGAGAGGCAUUCCCACUGACAGGCACCUCGGGGAAGGUCCUGGGCAUGGUGCUGCGGAGCCACAGCAACAGCUCCAGGCCCCUGUACGUGUCCGUGGGGCACCGCGUGAGCCUGGGCACGGCCGUGUCCCUGGUCAGGGCCUGCUGCCGCUUCCGCAUCCCGGAGCCCAUCCGGCAGGCUGACAUCAGGUCCAGGGAGUACCUGCGGAUGCAGCCCUGUGCUCCCGUGGAGGGGCUGCAGGCCGUGCCUGCCGGCCCUCAGAGCAAAAUGGAGGCUGAAUCAGAGGAUUAGCCUGGUGCCAGAAGAAAGUGCAGAGCUUCUCUUCACUGGGUCCUGUCCUGCACAAGGCUGGGUCCUGCUGGGUGCAGGAGCCCAGUGCCACCCUGGGGACAGCUGUACCAGGCUGUGUCCCGCAGCACAGCACCAGCCACUGCUUGGGGAGAGUCCUUGCAGUGAAUUUCUCAGGGUUCCUUUUCCAAUACUGUUAAAAAGUCUUUGUGUAAGCAAAGCUCACGUGAGAGUUCGCAGCACCUCACUGGAGUCCUUGUGCGGCUGCAGGGCUGAUUUACAGAGGUGCUGGGGCGCUGCAGAGGCAGCCUGUGUGUGCCACCACGCCUCUGUGGCUCUCUGAGAGCCCUCCCUCCCCUC